AUGAUCGAUACUCCUGCCGGUGGGGCUGAGAAGAACUUGUCCCGCACACCACCGAUUCCCUCUGAUGGCACCUGCAGAUCUAGCCAUCAAGGACAAGUCCAAGCGGCACCUCCACUUAAGCGGAAAGAUCCACAGAAGAAGCAGUUCCACACUCGUCCGCCUCCGUUGAAGGAGGGAUUAGGGCUGAACCUUAAUCCGAGCCAUGGACAUAAAGAGGACGACGAGGACUCCAUCAGCAAAUCACCUGUCCUUACGAAAUUCGCUGUCGCACGCGACGAUGCACCCCCAGACUUCAUUCUCCUUGCUUUACAACAGAAAUCUCCACCGCGGUCCUCACCUGCAGGUUCACCGGAUCAGAAGCAGAGUCUUCUAAAUCUCAAAACCGCCAUAGGUGAUUUACAGGACGCAAGCUUCACUAGAUUCGCCACUAUAUUUCCCAUGGACUGUCCUUCUCCUGGUCACUUUGCACAAUAUGCAUCUCUGGCGUCUUAUUCAGCCAUAUCACCGCGGGCACCAAUCGAUCCUCCAUCUCAUUACGACUUUAGGACAACAACUCCAGACCUGAACACAUCAACAUCUAGCUACACUAGUUCUUCUACUGCGGCAUCCGCCCCGUCCUCGUCGAUUGCCGGACCAUCUCUAGCUGCUUCACACUCAUCGCCCUUAGCAGCUGUGCUUGAUCAGGACAGGGACAGAACGCGACGUGAAUCUUUCGAGACCGAGUCGAAAUCCCUGUCCGAGUUACGAUCUGAGGCCCCUCCUGGUGAUGGCUCUUCCUCAACGCGUUUCAUAAGUGGUGCUUACAAGAGCACGUAUCAUAGAUGUACUGCAACUUCUUUUCAGCCUCAGUAUUUAUUAAACAGCCAUGCGAACGUCCAUUCUAAUAUAAGGACUCACUUUUGUCCCGUUAAAGGCUGUCGUCGGGGCUCUAGUGGUCAAGGGUUCAAGAGGAAGAACGAGAUGAUCAGGUGCGCUACAGCUCAUACAAUAUUCUUCUAUAUGGAUACUAACGCACUCCGAUUCGCAGACAUAGCUUGGUUCAUCCUUCUCCGGGAUACGUAUGUCCCUUCUGUCCGGAUCAAUCACACAAAUACCCUCGGCCAGAUAAUCUACGGCGUCACGUAUGGCAACAUCACGAGGACAAAGACCAAGACGAUCCCAUACUUCGCGACGUUCUCAACCAGCGACUGGAAGGAGGUAGCCGGGGCGGAAGAAGACGUGAAAUGGUCAAAGAGCGGCAAGCCUAAACCACUACGGCGAAUAAAUUGCCUUCCCCGCUGGGAGCAGCCGUAG